CGUGGUUUUUGUUUCAAUUUACAUACGCGAAAAACCCUAUUCUCAUACUCCAAAAGGCAUAUAUAAAAAUGUAUUUUUGUGCAUUAGUAGAUAGAAGGUCGGGUCUAAAGAGUGGCUAGCAGGGCCUCAAUUCUACUAUUUUUUACGUAUAAUCGCAACUAAAUAGAGUCUAAACUAGUUCCAUUUCACCAUUGUCCUGCAGUCCUAUAUUAUUAGUGCUUCUCACGAAUCAAUAGUGACAUAUAUAUUUAUUGAACUUGGACAGACUUGAAUUUAAAGUUUUUUUCUAUAAGACUCGGAAAAUAUUUGAAUAUUCAUCUCAUGUAAAAAACUAAAAAAAAAAAAUCAAAUUUUAGUGCUUGAAACGAGAUUCAAACCAUUAUAAGUUUAAAUUUUGACUAUUAUGUUUCAAUAGUUCAAUUUUGGAAUAAUUAUUAGCUAUUAAUAUUAGAUACCUAUAGGUACUUUCGAUUAAAAUACAACAACAAUAUAAUUUAUAUUGCUUUUUAUUAUUACAGAUGAUGGUGCUAAGAAGGUCACAACUCCUACUUUUCAUAGGGACAGUAAUAUCGAUCUCAAAUGCCAUAGUUCCUGUGUCUACAAAUGACAAUGGGAUCUCACAAGUGUCAAAGCGAGCGGCAAGGUACACAGGAGGAUCACUAUACCCAAGGACCACACUGACUAGAGACUUAAGGACUCUGAAUGGAAUAUGGAAUUUCAGAAAAUCUCCACCGAAUCCUUUAUAUGGAUAUUUGAACGGAUGGCAAGAACAGGACCUUUCGAGGACAGGUACAGUCAUUCCAAUGCCCGUACCUUCAUCUUACAAUGACGUCGGCACGGACGUCGCAUUACGAGACCACUUAGGAGUCGUGUGGUACGACAGAAGGUUCUACGUGCCUCGCUGGUGGGCUGAGAGUAAGCAGCGCGUUUGGCUGAGGUUCGGCAGCGUGCAGUACAAUACGAAAGUGUUCGUAAAUAGCAAAGAGGUCAUCUCUCACGAAAUUGGACAUCUGCCCUUCGAAGUAGAGAUCACCGAUUACGUGAGCUACAACUGUAGCAACCUGCUGACGGUUGUGGUAGAUAAUACGCUCACCAGAAACACUAUUCCACAAGAAAAUGGGUACGAUUUCUUUAAUUACGCCGGCAUUCACCGACCAGUAUACAUCUAUUCUACUCCUCAAGUAUAUAUUGAAGAUAUUAUCACCCAAACUGACGUCCAGGGUUAUACAGGGCUUGUUACAUACAACAUUACAUAUAAGGGAACCACAGAAGACGUAGGUUGCCUUGUGGAAAUCUUCGACAUGAACGAUACAAAGGUUGGCGCCUUGCAAGCCUGCACCGGCCUUAUCGACAUCGCUAAUGCCAACCUCUGGUGGCCAUACCUAAUGCACACAAACCCUGGAUACUUAUAUACACUAAAGGUAACUUUGAUAGGAAGUGACGGAGAACUAAUAGACACAUAUAGCGAAAAGAUCGGAAUAAGAGUAAUCAACUGGACCAAAACUGCUUUGUAUAUGAACAAUCAACCAUUAUACCUACGAGGAUUUGGCAUGCACGAGGAUUCUGACUUUCGCGGCAAAGGCUGGGAUCCAGUACUGUGGGUCAGGAAUUUCAAUCUGAUAAAAUGGGUGGGUGCUAAUGCUUUCCGUACAUCGCACUACCCAUAUGCCGAAGAAAUCUACCAGCUAGCUGACGAGCAGGGCAUUAUGAUAAUUGACGAAUGCCCCAGCGUUAAUGCUAACUUUUACACAGAAGAGUUGUUAGCUAAACAUAAGCAGUCGCUAACUGAAAUGAUCAGACGCGACCGUAACCAUCCGAGUGUAAUCAUGUGGUCUGUUGCCAACGAACCUCAGGCUUGUGGCACCGACAAGAUGUGCCAUAUCUACUACAGCAAAAUUGUGAAGCACGUCAAAGACAUGGAUCUUUCAAGAGCCGUCACCUUUGCACUUUCAGAUCCAAAGGACGUCAUUGGUGAGCACAUGGACAUCAUCAGCUUCAACCGCUACAAUGGCUGGUACGCUGACGUCGGUUCCAUCAGUCAAAUCGCCUCGAAGGUCUACAACGAGAGCUUCAACUGGCACCACAAGUAUAACAAACCUGUACUGAUGUCCGAAUAUGGAGCCGACACUAUACCUGGAAUGCACACUUUACCAGAAUACGUAUUUUCUGAAGAGUACCAGGUAGCAUUGAUAUCGGAACACUUCAAGGCCUUUGACAAGAUGAGACAAGCGGGCUUCUUCAUAGGCGAGUUCAUCUGGAACUUUGCCGAUUUCGCAACCAAACAAGGUACAUUACACUUCGUCGAUUCAUCCGUUCAGAUCAGCUAGCACUGGUUUAGUACCGAAUGCUGUUUUCCGUUGAGAUAUCCCCGAAACAAAAUAAAUUUAAACAUAA